UUCAGGGAAGGAAGCGAGACGUUCGGCGGAUUGUCGGGGAUGCUGCGUCAAAUACUUUCGCCAUCACCCGAGACAGGGGACACCGGUUUACCCGUCACGUGUACCUUGCUUCAGAACAACUCAAUGUUCUCCAAUCAGUCGCCGAUGAUGCCCAACGCAUAUCAAACCGUUCCGUCCCAUCUACCAUCCAUCUGUUCUGACCAAACGCUCUUGGAUCACGUGCAGAUCAUUACGGAAUCCCAUCCUUGUCCCACCUGUGGCCUAGAAUUUCGCAGCGCCCUUAAGCUAAAUUACCAUAUAAGAACCAGUCAUCCGGCGUUACCGGAAUUCGAGCAUAACAUGGAGAACCCUGUGAGAUAUUCGUGCAACAUUUGCUCACGAACUUUCUUUGCUCUGAGUCACUUGAGGAUGCACGAGGUGACACAUUCCGCGCCGGCAGCAACCUCAUGCGCGCCGAUGCAAACGAUAUCGACAUCGUCGUCCUCGUCGCCGUCGACGAUGAACGUAGAGAAGAUGUUCGCCUGUGAUCGUUGCCAGGCCAGUUUCCGGUAUCGUACGCUACUCGAGCGUCACAGGAGGAUGCACGAGGUCGGCCAGGAGAAACCGUACUCCUGUCCUAGGUGUUUGAUGCGUUUCGAGACGCGAAACUUGUACAAUCAUCACGCGAAAACUCACAAACCGAUAUUGACCGGCAACGAUAGAAUCACCGACACCGUUGUGUCUUCCGGUGAUCCGGUCACUAGCAGUAUUGCCGGAAUAGUGGCUACGUCGAAUAAAACGUCGGUCGUCUCCUAUCCUUGCGACUCGUGCUCGAAACAAUUCGCGAGCAUCGAAUCGUUGACCACUCACAAGGCUGUACACAGAUCUAGACCGUUGGUUUGCGACGUUUGCGGCAAAGGUUUCACUCAUCGCAAGUAUUACGUGGUCCAUCAGCGUAUUCAUACGGGAGAGAGGCCGUAUCUCUGUGCUAUGUGCGGGAAAUCGUUUACUCAGGCGUCCACGCUUACCGUUCAUCGCCGUUAUCACACGGGAGAACGUCCUUACACUUGCACACUGUGCGGCAAAGGAUUCGUUACCAGAACGAUCAUGCUGAAUCACAUGAAAAAGCACUGA